AUGCAUUGGUCGCAGGUCUUCACCCCGCCUCAAUCUCCUGCCGCGGUGGCACAGUCUGGUGGUGGUGGUGGUGGUGCACAACCCGCGAAUAAUAAUCAACUAAACGCCGAUGCGGAUGCAGCCAUUGCAGCGAAUAUGGUAUCGGACGAAGAACUGCUUAGUCCGGCUGUUCAAGAGCAAGCCGGAACGUUUAGCCCCCAGCCAGGACCGUCAGCGCCUCCAACCAUACACGACUGGUCUGAUACGUUUACGCUUAAAAAGGUGGCCCACAACCGGAACAAGAAAUUCAAUCACGAUCAGUACUUUUACAGUCUAAAGAUCAAAUCGCUCCCGCAAGAGUUUGACACGGUGACGUCUUUGCAAGCGCUUCCGGAGAUUUUUCAGGCCGUAUGGGAGCUUUGCUCGAAAGAUUUCAACCCCACUGAUGCUGUCUGUGUGACGAUAUUUACGAAGACCAUGGAAAAUCCCAUGCAUCUCAAGAUGCAAUUUUUCAGUAAUUUUAAUCCACGUGACCUGACAGAAAUGGUGAUGAAGAUAAACUCUGGUGGCCUUUUUUGUAUCGACGACUCGUUGCGCUUGAUAAUUCAGCGUACCGUUAUCCCUGCCGGAGGCGCUGCGAAGCGCAAGCAUAUCCACUCAUCACACGACCGGAAAAGGUUUGCACGAUCUAUUGUGCAGGUGAAUGUGGGAAAAAAUCUUUGUUUGCCAGCUUGCCUUGUCCUCGGGCAAUGUCAUCACGACCCGAACAAGGAUCGCGCGUACUGGCGCACUCUCACCAAUAAGACCAGCUUGAAAUUAGAGAAGAAAGCCUGUGAACUUGUUAAUGAAGCAGGUCUGGAUGUCGGGAAAAAAUUCUCAAUCCUGGGCAUUGAUAAAUUCCAGAAGACGGUCUUGAAGGACUACCAGAUCAAGGUAGUCGGGGCUGAGCAAGGAAAUAUAGUGAUUGCCAAAUUCCCCGAAAAGCAAGAGAAGCGCAAGGUCAUUUAUUUACUCUACGAAGAUGGCCAUUUUGAUUUAAUCACCACACCGUCUGGAUUUCAUCAGCGUGCAUAUUAUUGUCACAGCUGCGAUAAGGCCACCGACCACAAAGAAGAGCACCGCUGUCCAGGAUAUUGUCCAAAAUGUUAUCGGCCCCGAGAGCAGUGCCCGGAACCGGAGCCAAAGGAUCGCGUGUUCUGUCAAAAGUGUAAGCGGGAGUUCAACAACAACGACUGCUUCGACAUUCACGAAAAGCGGCGUCAGAACGGACGCACCUAUUGCCAGGAUUUGUUUAUAUGUCCGAAGUGUGGAGUUUUUGUCAGUUUCCUUACUCGUAAAUUCAAAAUUCAUGAAUGCGGUGAGAUGUUUUGCCAUCCAUGCCAAGAGUGGGUGAAACAGGCCACCCACAAAUGUUACCUGAAACCGUUGGAACCGCGCAUGCACGGAGAGCAGAACCGUUUCGUUUUCUUUGAUUAUGAAACUUAUUUGGACACGGAAGGGAUACACAAGCCUUGUUAUGCAGUCGCGCAAUAUUCUACUGGAGAAGAGUUUCGGUUUCCGCCUGAUGGGGUUCCAAUGGCAGGAUACGACGUUCAGAAAGAAUUUGGUGAAUGGGUUUUUUCCGAAAAGCAUCGUGGAGCCACAUUAAUCGCCCACAAUUUCCGUGGCUACGACGGACACUUCCUGUUAUCUUAUCUCAUUGAAAACAAUCUUAAAGGAGUGGAAGUCAUACGACGGGGGAGUCAGAUUCUGGACCUUCGGUAUCCUGCCCUAGAGAUCUGCGCUCGUGACACCUUAAACUUUGUCAUGACAAAACUUUCGAACUUUCCGAAAGCCGUGGGUCUAGCCGAAUGCGAGCAGAAGGGGGACUUUCCCCACCGUUUUAAUAAGCCGGACAAUUGGGAUAAAGUUCUGCCGUUUCCAGACCUUGAAGACUACAUGAUCGAUGGUUUGAACCGCGCGGAUAGACGAAAGUUUGAACAGUGGCACACCGAGGAAAAACACGCGAAAGGUGUUUUUGAUUUUCGUGCGGAAAUGGCAGGCUAUUGUUCGAAAGAUGUUACAAUCCUGAGGAAAUGUGCUCUGCAGUUUCGAGACAACUUUAUUGCCAUGACGAACGUUGAUCCUUAUCAAAGCGUUACGAUCGCUGCUGCUUGCUCAACUUAUUUCAAGACUAAAAUUCUUAAAAAGAAGGAAAUUGCUGUCAUAUCCGCAAACGGAUACCAGCCGAAUCGUAAGACAAGUGCAGAGGCGACUCAGUGGCUUGAAUGGCUACGGUUGGAACAUCCGAACAUUGAGCACGGACGGAACGGCAAAGAACGGAAAUUUGAUCGGUAUUUUGUUGAUGGUUUUGACCCUGAUACGAAUACGAUUUAUGAAUACAACGGCUGUGUCCACCACGGACAUCCUACGUGCACCAACGAAGAUGACCGGACACCGUUUUCGCUCAAGAAAAUGUCAGAAGUGUACGAGCAGUGGAUACGUAAGAAGCUAUAUUUGGAAGGAAUGGGGUACAAUGUGGAAGAAAAGUGGUCUUGCGAAUGGCUGCAGGAAAGAAAAGAUCCGGACAUCCAGCAGUUCCUGUUCAGUCAGAAUCUGCGCGAUCCUCUGCAGCCUCGUGACGCGUUUAAAGGAGGCCGCACCAACGCGUCAUGCUUAUUCAAAGAAAUUCAAGACGAUGAGCAAAUUCUUCACUACGACAUCGUUUCCCUGUACCCAUUCAUCAACAAGACAGCCGAGCAUCCAAUUGGACAUCCAAAAAUAAUCGGUCCUAGCACCGACCAGGAUUCGAUACCCCGUGUUGCCAGCAACCGUAAACAAUAA